AUGGGGGACGACGGGGCGGAAGGGGAGGCGCCGCGCUGCGUCGGCUGCGGCCGGCGCGUGAGGACGCUCUUCGUGCAGUACUCCGCAGGCAACAUCCGUUUGAUGAAAUGCGAUGUCUGCAAGGCUGUCGCCGAUCCCUACAUCGAGUGUGAAUUCAUGAUUAUCUUGAUCGAUCUGAUUCUACACAAGACCAGGGCAUACCGACAUCUACUGUUCAAUAAGCUGCACAUUGGUUCAUCUAUUGACAAGGGAAUACUGUGCCAGUUCAUUCUGAUGCAUAUCGUUCUUGACGCUUCUGCCCAUAACUAUGUAGUCAGAAUAUCAGUUUCAAAAAGCAACAAAGUUGAUGGGGAUUCUUCCAGGAGCACAUUGUCCACAAUUUGCAAUUGCAGCGAGGUUCUGGGUGAUGCAUUGUUAGGGAACAUCAUAUUUACGGCCAUGUUACUCCUGGGAGUACGAUAUAUCCUCAAAUUUUCUUUUGACAUUACAAGGUAUCGAGAGAUUCUGUUAGCCGUCAUCAUUUCAAGCUAUUUCAAGUUAUUUCUUCUGACAAUGAUGGUUUGGGAGUUCCCAUCAUCUGCUAUAUUCAUUGUCGAAACAUUUGUUCUCUCAUCAAAUGUUGUAGCCCUGAGAGUGGUGACGCGGUUCCCAAAGGCCCACUGUGUUGGUGUCUGCUUCAUGGCGCACGCGGCAAAGCACUUGACGGAACGGUGGCUCAUGUGGACACCAUGA